AUGCAACCCAUAUUCUGGCUAUUGAUGAUGUUAGCAUGCUUUAGCUUUGGAAAAUGCUUCAAAUGUUACAGUUGUGAUGGUCCUGAGGAUUGCGCUAAUCCACGAGAAGAAUUAUGCUCUCAAAACAAUGAAUGUUUCACCGUUGCUCAAAGUUACGACAUAAAACUGAAUGGUUUACGAAAAGGAUGUUCACCCACAUGCGAUCGGGUAAAUAUUAAAGGGAUGUUAUGCAGAACUUGUAAAUUCGAAUUAUGUAAUGGAAAAACAGGUUUAGGAAAAGCAUUCGAAAAACCUGCUGCUUUGCUACCUCGAAGAUCUUUCGGUAUAUUUCUUUAA